AUGGUCAGACUGUGUACACACCACCAGAAGCAAUUCAUCCGCGUGCUGAACGACAUAUACACUGAAGUGCAACCAGACUCUGAAGGCCAGCCGUUGUCUGAACCCCAGAGCAUGGAGGCUUCCGCUUGUGGCUCUGGUUGUAGCCAGCGAAGCACUGAAAAUCAGGAUAAGGGUGCUACUUGUACUGAAUCAAAGCCCCCUUCUUCCUUAGACCCAGGACAGCUGGGGUCUGACAGCCCCCUGCAUGUUUCAGGACAAGCCCUGAAGCAGCUGGCGGAGCCGAAGUCUCUGGACAGAGUCGAGAGCUCCAGCCCUGCUUUGAGAAGGGACUUCUCCGAGCUCCCCGUCACCAGGCUUCGUUCCGCCAGUCCAAAGGAUAGCUCCACCCAAGGAUACCUCAGCACGUUGAACUCUUCCUCUUUGAAUUUCCAUCACGCCGCAAAGAGCCUGGAAGGGCAGCAAGCCGCUGGACACGAGCAAGAAGCCGGUGUCAGGAGGUGUGAGGAUGGUAAAGAGCAGCUCGCAGGUAAGACGCUCGUGGAAGGUUAUAUCUCGGUCAAAGUGGCAAAUGUGAACGGCAGCGAGGAUGGCUUAGAUGUCUGUCUAGGGUCCCAAAAGAGCUCUUUCAGAGCUCUGCCGGAAGAGUCCUGGGAUGCCGGCUUUGCGGUGACCCCCCCUCGCAGAGCCGACAAAGAGAACACCUUGCAAUGCAGCUCGAAAGCCUCUUUGCAGCAGGACUUAGACGCGAGGGAACAAGACGCGAGACCAAAGCAAGAAAACCACCUGCACGCCGUGGCCAAGGGCAAGGCAGGCUGCCACCUGCACCCGGCUGACAAGGGCCCACUCGACAAGUCCAAAGAGGGCUGGCUGCCCUCUGGCACCACUCCAGCCGCCCACCGGACCCCCGGCGGGCAUCCCCGCGCCAAGGCAGCCUCCCUCAGAUCCACUCGGAAGAGUAAGAAGGCGUCGGGGCUGAGGAUCAACGACUAUGACAACCAGUGCGAUGUGGUCUACAUCAGCCAGCCCAUCACCGAGUGCCAUUUCGAGAGCCAGCGGUCGGUGUCGUCCCGCAAGACGGCAAGGAAGAGCACCCGGGGGUACUACUUCAAUGGGGAGUGCUGCGAGCUCCCGACUGUCCGCACGCUGGUUAAGAGCUCCCGGUUGGAGGAGAGGGGGAGCAGCCCGGCGUUGCGAACAGAGACCCUCGUAAGCUCUAAGCCACCCCUGGUGCUCUCGGUGGGGGGGUCUGCGGGAGCAGGUUGGAAGAAGAGGGUUUCCCUGAGGCUCCUGGCUAAAGGGGCACCAACCAGCCAAGAAACAAAGGAGAGAGCUGAGCCAGGCGCUGUGCAGCCCUGGGAUACCCGGGCGCUGCGGUCGAGGGAAGCCACCAUGGCUGUGCCCUUCUUCUCCCUCUCCGCUCCACCCAGCCCCCAGAAAGAGGACAGCUCGGCCAGCUCACCCCCCGCCGAAGGAGGGGGGACAGUGGUGGGAGGCGCCGUCCCCCGGGAGGCUGGCAGCAGCCUGGGCUCCCCUGGGGACGGCAGUGGCGGUGGGCAGGCUGCUGAUUUUGCUGCCCUUCCCAUCUCAGAAGCACCUGGCGGGGAGGAAGGUUGCCCAGGCUCUGACGUACAAACUGAUCCAGCCCUCCCUGCCAGCCUGGAGCCGAAGUCCCCCUUGCAGCUCCCCGCUGCUGCCGACGCAGCACCCCUGGCCCGUGAUGGAGCCGGGGAUCCUGCCCAGCUUCCAGGCCCAGGGGACACACAGCCCUGCGGGCUUCCAGGCACCAGAGACACAGAGCCCUCCCCAUGCGCGCCAGACCAGCAGGCUCCCGAUGAGCCCCCUGCCACCGUGGCUGGAGAGAGCCCCCCGGAACCCCCUGCCACCUUGCAGUGCGCGGACGUGAACAAAAGCAUCGAUGCUGAACCAGAAGCCGAAUUGCUGGGCAUGGUGGGUGACGGCUCCCUUGAGCAAGAGGAGGCUGUGCCAGGCAGCACAGCCCUCUCCGAAAUCUUGGGAGGGGAGGCAGUGCAGGAUAACAGCCCAGCAGGUGAAAAAGAGCCUGUUGAAGGGGAAAUACCACCUGAACACAACAGCUCAGACACUGCAGGGAAAGACUCUGUCUCUUCCAAAGACACUCUGGACAAGAAGCGGAAGAAAGGCAGGAGAACGCUUGUGGCAUCGGACCGGCGUCUCCGAAGCCAGCAAUCCCAGUCACCCGUCGAGGGCAGUGCUGAGGACGCUGGUUCUUCCAGCUCCGGGCACCUUCCUUGCCUCCAGAUCAAACUCUCCAAGAGCCCCGGCACUAAGCGGUUCAAGAGAGAAGCGCAGCUGGACUGGGCAGCACCCGCGCACUUCCCCACCGACUGCUUCCCCAACACGCUGCUCCAAAGCAGCGAGGGACCGGGCACCGGCCCAGCACCGGAGAGCAUCACUGAGCCGCAGCCGGGCGAGGAGAAUGGCGUCACUACCAGACAAACCUGUAAAAGCGUCUUAGCGAAAGAGACUGUGGCAGAGGGAGAAAGUUCCUCUCAAGAUGACGCCAGCCGAAGUCAACCAGCUGAGACGCUGCAAAUUGGCGUCCAGGCUGAUCCUGAGAAGAGCAGCAUUCUCCUCCCUCCGGAGAGCAGCGUGCCUGCGAACGAUGCCGAGCAAGUGUGUGUGCAACCAGGCGGUGCCAGUGCAGAGGAUGAAGAGAGCUCUGACAGUGCCACGGAUAUGGGCAAGCUGGACAACUACGAGCCAGUGGCCAGUUCGCCUCCGUGUCCCAGCAGCAGAGGUGGCGGCAAGCAUCUUCCAGCAAAGGUUGCGAAGCAUAAAAAGGUCGCCCUGCAGUUUUAUAACUUGAGACACGCGCCCGUGCCCGUGGAAACUACAAAAAAGAGCGCAGCAGGGAAGGAGUCUAUGCAAGCGGUCCCCAAACUGAGGGACGAAUGCAGUUCAGGGAAUGACGACUCCCCAGCGUUGGAGGACAUAGAUGUGGCUGACAGCAAACCAAAGUUCAUGGAGUGGUGUGCUGAAGAGGAGAACCAGGAGCUCAUCGCCGAGUUCAAUGCCCAGUACAUGAAAGUUCAGAAGGGCUGGAUCCAGCUGGAGAAGGAGGUGCAGCCGACCCCCAAGGUAAAGAACAAAGCCGACAAACUGAAAGAGAUCUGGAAAAGCAAGAAAAGGACACGGAAAAGUAGAGGCUCGCUGGAAGUGCAGAAGCUUUCUCCUGUCCAGAUGCUGUUCAUGAAGGCCUUUAAGCUGUCCGACAUCUGCCAGUGGUUUCUGGAGACGACUGAAACCAGGUCUCUAGUGAUCAUGAAGAAACUCAACACGCGUCUCCCGGGGGAAAUCCCCCCCAUCAAAGUCCCCAUGCAGAAAUACUCCUCCUCCAGCCUCUACCCCAGCUCACUGCAAGCCGAACGUUUGAAAAAACACCUCAAGAAGUUUGCCGCCACUACCCCGGCUCGGAACAACCUCAAGAACCAAAAGCUUUGGGCCAAAAUUCGGGAGAACGCUGAUAAAGCAGAAGCUGAAGAAGCCGCCACUCCCAGCCAGACGUCUCCUGCCAACGCCAGUGCCAAGGACCCGAGUGAAGACAGAACCAUCCAGCCUGCCCCCAGCUUGCCCACGCAGGCCAGCACCCGGAUCCUACGGAAGUACUCCAACCUGCGGGGCAAGCUGCGAGCCCAGCACCGUGCGGUGAAGGCGGAGAGGAAGAGCGACAGCCUGGGGGACCACCCAUCCCUGGAGUUUUUCGUGUGCAUCAACCCACUGAUGUCUCCCAAGUUGGCCUUGCAGAUCAAAGCAGACGCCUUUCCUGCUAAAUCUCCAUCAGUGGAUGGGACAGGGAAGGGGCGGAAGGGGAAGGGCAGGUCCCAGGAGGACCCUUCGCCCAAAGCUGAUCUCCAGCUCAACAGGAAGAAGAGGAUGCUGAAGGAGAGCGGGAGCAUGCAGGAGCGGUCCGGCUCCUCUGCCAAGGACAAGCUGCCUGCCAAGAAGGCCAGUAAAAUAAAGCACUCGGAGGUCAGCGCGAAAGCUCCGGCCACCAGAAAGCAGGCUGCCAUGGAGAGGAGCAAUAAGCUGGCUAGGAAGAUGUCUUUGAAAGAGAAGAGAGCACCGAAAAGGCAGCUGGAGAAGGUGCGGCUCCCCGUGCGGAAGGGCAAGGAGAACACGAGCAGACGGGCCAUCCUGCCCGCUGGCCACGAGGAGCUGGCCAAGUCCUUGAAGCAGAAACCCCUGGGGGAGUCAUCCACCCGGUCGCAGAAGCUGGCCAACAAAAAGCCCAGCGGUGGGAAGACCCUGACGAGGUCCAUGAAGAAGAUGCAGGAGAGCAGCGGGUCGCAGGGCAAGAGGAAGCUGAGGGCAAAAGUGGACUGUUCGCACAGCAAGCGCUCGCGACUGGACCCGAAAUAG